AUGGACAUAUAUUCCAGUACUUCUCCGACUUGGUUGCAGCAGCAGCAACAGCAACAGGCCCAGCAGCAGCUCCAGUCAUCCGACGCGCAAUCUGCCCAGAGGCCCGCGUCUGCUGAUUGGAAAGACAGCACGCUCGUCCCGAAUGGCGGCGCUACAUCCACGCCCGUCCAGGGAGGCAUCGAUUUGAGCGAUUUCGGGUUGGGCGACUUAUCGGUCCCGCAACCCUCCUCUUCGUCCCCCACGUCCUUCUAUCCCUUUCCCCAUAGCUACUUUCCCGUUCCUGGGCCCUACAAUGCCAUGGGAUACGCCGCCGCCGCCGCCUGGCCGAACCAGCCAGGAUCGGUCCCUUUAUCUUCCUACUCCACACUGAACGGCGCGACCACUUCCACCAUGGGAUCUUCUCAGUCUACUCAGUCGUCGACUCCCCAGCAGACCAUGAUAGACCCUGCAUUGACAACGAUCAACACCUCCAACGCGACCUCCCAACCUUACGCGUCCUCGUCUAAUAUAUCUCAAUCCCAACCCUCUCCCCAACUUACCCAGCGUCCAGCACCGCAAUACUCAUACACACAUAUGCACCCAUCCGCACUAUCUUAUGUUCAUGCAGCGCAAUUUUCAACCUCUCAGCAGCAAUCUCAGCACCAGGGCACCCUCUCUCCCUUUGCCCUUCAUUCGCCCUCCAUGAUGUCGGGAAUUUCCCCGACGUCGUUCUACAGCAGCCCGGCGACGGUGACUGUUCCUGUGCAGAGUCGUAAGGAGCAAUUUCUGUCGGCAAUCAAACCAUCUCUUUCACCAAAAAGCUUCUCUGGGGCUCGUGGAGUCCAACAGCUGGUAAAUCAGAUUGCGGAGUAUGGAAUAACACAAGUGGAUGCGCAAACGCGAUUGGAUAUUUUGACUAAAAUCAGAGACAACGCAGGCAACCACUUCUUCCGAGCGUGGCUGGAGAAUCCAACCGCAAUGGAAAUCGCUCGCGAGUGGUUGAAGGCGGGAGCCACCAAUACGGACGAUGAUCAGUUGCAAGAGACCAUCAUGCCCUUGUUACACAUAACAGAUCGUUUGCCCUUCACAUAUGAAUCUUUGGCAGCGUCCAAGGUAGGGAGGAUCAUACGGAAGUUGGGUAAAGAUGCUUCGAUCCCUGGUGAGUUUGACGUUCUGCACCUCCAGAAAUCCUUCCCCACUAUGAGAAUCACCUACACGGCGAGCGUCAUGAACGUGGCCCCUCGCGGGUGUCCUAUCCUCGAAUUGAAGUUUGUUCAGCUUGGAAAUGAAUUUUCUGUACCGUUCUGCGAAGACGUCAUCGCAAAUGUAUCUAACUACAAUGUCUGCCUACAAUUGCGUUCUACAGCUGUCAAGGACAUGGCAUCAAACUUAGAACGUAAAUGGCGCGAGAAAUACGUGCCAGAGCAUGAACGGGCGAUGAACGUCGACGAAGAUCCGCAGGGUGGGUCAUCGAGGAAGCGCAAAGCCGAACCACCUGCAUCAAAGUUAGCGCAGCCGACGAAGAAGGCGGCUGUUUCAUCGGCGUCAUCUUCAAGACCAGUGGUGGUGAAGAAGGAGAGCAAAGCGGCGCCCCAGACCGUUAAGGACUCCAAGUCCGACUCAUCGUUCUUCUCUGCGCCGAAGCCGAAGCCAAGGCUUCCUAGCUUCAAGAAGUCUCUAGCGCCUCCUCCAUUGAAGAAAGAGCCAGAUCCGAAUAUCGCGCAGCCAUCCGCAGUGGAUCCGUUCCAGGAGGCGCUCAAGGACAUGGCCAAGGGACGCAAACCUUCGCCGGCGGCUGUGUCUUUUACUGCGAAUCACAGUACCGCGACCGGGUCAUCGACACAGACCCCAACGGGAUUGACAAAGUCGGGCAAGAAGAAAAAGGUGGUGAAAUGGGCCCCUGAGGGUCAGCUCGAGCUGGUGAAGCUCAUCGAAAAAGCAAUUUACGAUGACGAUCCCGUAGAUGUCAGCUUCAUUCACUUGCGCUCGAUUUUUGGAUUGUGCAUUAAUUACGUCUGGUUCCGGGUCGAUACACAGGGUGUCCAUUCUCUGCAUAAUGUGCGCGACCUCGACCGAGACGAAGGAGCCGCGCUGCACGCCCAUUUGUUCGAAGAGUUAAUUGACUGGUCCGAGCCCCAAUGUAAGCUGUUUGAAAUUCUAAAAGCCGGGCAUGCGAAGCUCACAAAGGAACUUUCAUACAUCACAGCUAUCCAGUUUUCGCCGAAUUUAGACGUGCCCCCGCGAGGAGGAGAGAGUCAGGAAAAGACGACGCAGGAGCAGCGCGAGCUGACGGCGCUGGGCGCGAUGUAUUUGUCGCUGCAGCAGAUACCUGAAUCGCCAGCUGAACCAGCGACGCAGAUACAGCCUGAACUGGUGGACGAGCACGUGCUCACCAUGCUGGUGGGACCGGAUGUUGAUUCGCUCUUCUUCUCGACGCCUCGGGAUCAGCCCGCAAUGGGCGCAUCAGUGUCGGACCUCGUCGACCAGCUCGCCAGCAACCCGUCGUCGACGCCUGGCAUGACGAGCGCUAAGAGUGUUGUCGGCUUCGACCCGAACCUUAUCGCUCAGGUGACCUCCAUGGGAAAUUUGCCCCCAGAGCAGCUGCAACAUCUCGCGCAGCUUCUUGCACAGCAAUCGGCCUUCUCCGGCGCCGCGCCGAGCGGCACGCAGGGCGACUACAGCGCCCCCGAAGGCGAUCAAGACUGGGGCUCGGCGAUGUCAACCAGCGACGGGUACGGUGGUGAAUAUGGGCUGUCAGCCGGAGACGAGCGACGGUGGGGCUCGGAGGGCGCUGGGCGCGGGGAUCGGGGGCGUGGCGGUAGUGGCGGCGCGCGCGGCCGAGGCCGGGGCCGCCCGGACGGGCUUAGAGAGAGUAGAGCACGAAUACCUUGCACCUUUUAUGCACAAGGAAGGCGAGCAUCCAUCCAUCCAGCCCGCAUACCCGCAUACCCAGCCCAGCCCCGAAGCUGA